CAGACUUUGUCACUAGCCCGAAUGAAUUGUCCGAGAGGGGAUGGCCGAGGUGUUUACGGUGAGAUGAUUCUGGGAGCUGCAGCAGGUACGCAAGGGGCAGCCUGACGCGCCCUCAACGAGACAAGUGAGGGGCUGCUGCUGCUGUUGCUGGGAGAGUCUGUGCUGCUGCUGCUGCUGCUGCGACAGGGGAGGACGAAGCCAGCAGCUCAAGGAGCUGAGCAUGCGCGGUCCAGUCCACUGACUAUAUUCUCAGGCAAGGUACCCAAGGAAAAAAGCAGCAUUUUAUAGAAAGAAGAAGCUGCUCCAGGAAAACACAAAUAUAUAUAUAUAUAUUCUGGUGAGGAUUUCCAACGCCAACAGAUCUAUUGACAGCAUGACACACCAAAAGGAAGAAAGAGCAGAAUGUGUGCCUAGACAUCAGCCCGCUUGUUUUUGUGGAUUAAAUUUGCAGUAAAAUGUAUGGAUCUAUCUUUUGCUUGACCCUGUAUAUAGACCAUGAGACUUGACUGAAGCAAUAUCUAUAUCAUCCAUCUAUGGCGAACGAUAGCCAUGCAGCUGACAACAUUCUGCAAAAUGUGUCUCCUUUAACAGCAUUUUUAAAGCUGACUUCAUUGGGCUUUAUAAUAGGAGUCAGUGUGGUAGGUAACCUUCUAAUCUCCAUCUUGCUAGUGAAAGAUAAGACCUUACAUAGAGCUCCUUACUACUUCCUAUUGGAUCUCUGCUGCUCAGAUAUCCUCAGAUCUGCUAUUUGUUUCCCAUUUGUAUUCACCUCAGUAAAAAAUGGCUCUACAUGGACCUACGGGGCUCUUACUUGCAAAGUGAUUGCAUUUCUUGGGGUGUUGUCCUGCUUUCACACUGCUUUCAUGCUCUUCUGCAUAAGUGUGACCAGAUACUUAGCUAUAGCUCACCAUCGAUUUUAUACAAAAAGAUUGACUUUUUGGACUUGUUUGGCAGUUAUUUGUAUGGUUUGGACCUUAUCUGUAGCUAUGGCCUUUCCACCAGUCCUAGAUGUUGGUACCUAUUCUUUCAUAAGGGAGGAAGACCAGUGCACGUUUCAGCAUCGUUCCUUCAGGGCCAAUGAUUCCUUGGGAUUUAUGUUACUUCUUGCCCUUAUUCUUUUAGCCACACAGCUUGUCUACCUCAAGCUGAUAUUUUUUGUUCAUGAUCGCAGGAAAAUGAAGCCAGUCCAGUUUGUAGCAGCAGUGAGCCAGAACUGGACUUUCCAUGGUCCUGGAGCCAGCGGUCAAGCAGCUGCUAACUGGCUAGCUGGCUUUGGAAGGGGUCCCACUCCACCCACCUUACUGGGAAUAAGGCAAAAUGCAAACACCACAGGCAGGAGACGACUCCUGGUUUUGGAUGAGUUUAAAAUGGAAAAAAGAAUCAGCAGAAUGUUCUAUAUCAUGACAUUCUUAUUCUUAACCUUGUGGGGUCCCUAUCUGGUAGCUUGUUACUGGAGAGUUUUUGCGAGAGGUCCUGUGGUACCAGGAGGAUUUUUAACAGCAGCUGUCUGGAUGAGCUUCGCCCAAGCUGGAAUCAAUCCUUUUGUCUGCAUUUUCUCAAACAGGGAGCUGAGGCGCUGUUUCAGCACAACCCUUCUUUACUGCAGAAAAUCCAGGUUACCAAGGGAACCUUACUGUGUUAUAUGAGGGAGCAUCUGCAAAAUCUUUAGCCUUGUGAAACACUACCCUUCUCUGCUAAGCAAUUGUGGCCUGUAGCCAUUUCUUGAGAAGAAGAUCAAGAAUGGAAUGUCAGCAGCAUUGUGCACACUUUGCAAUAGCGCACCUGUAAUCCUAUUUUAACCUAAAGUGUUCCUGUUGGGAAGGUUUGUAAUUUGAAACAGAGGACACAACCACGUCGCUAAUUGUGUUUGUUGUGGUUAAAAGCUAGAUCAUGAGAAUGGCAGGUGCUAGGAAUCACUGCUGAAUGCUGUGUAUAUCACUACAUAAAGAACAGCAAGAAAGGUUAGCAAUGGACAUCUUAAAUAAUUGAAUUGAGGUAAAUGUGUUAAUAAACAUGCUUUUAAGAGUUUGAAGACUCUUUGAAUAUUUAAUACCGUUUGAGGGUUUUUUGUCCUUUUUUCAAAGAUUGACUAAUGGGAAUUAAAAGUACUGUAACUGAUAAAGGAUGUGCCAUUCAUUAUUGGAUUAUCUUACUAAGAGGUUUCUUUGCCUUGUAAGUAAAUCUUAGGGAGCAUUCCAAAGCAGUAUUUUUUUGUUAAAAUUAUAUUCUACUUUUUCAAGUAUUCUUUCUAUAAAGCAAGGGUUUUCUUUAACAGUGAAAUUUACAUAUAAAUGUAUUUUGUGUUUUUCCCCUCUUUUUGGCAAUUUUUUAAUUUGAAUCUCAUUUAAAAGAAAACCUAGAUAGUAGUCAGUAUGGCAACGUUAUAUCUUAGUUAAACACUGAAUCCCUUGGGAAUAUGAGAGGUAUUUACCAGACUGAGCUGGGCACUUCUCUGGUGCCUCAGCAGCUGAAGGGUCUACUUACUGAGCACUAAUACUAAAUCUGAAAAUAAAUACAUGUUGCCUUAAUUGGUUAUCUAGUAUCUUCCAUUUUGUUUAAUCUUGGGUUAAUAGAAAUGAAAUCAUAAUGUCGGGUCAGUCUUUUGGGAGUGCAUGAAAGAAAGCUAAAGUCACCUCUCUCUCCUUUGGCUCCCAUUGUUCUCUAAAUCAGUUUGCACAUCCCUUGGAUGAGAUCAGCCUUCCAGAUGUGCUGCCCAUUCUGAUUCAGUCUAAGAAACACAGACAGUUGAACAUGUUUAUAUUUGAACUCAACUGCUGUGGGGAGACCAGGGCCUUGGUAUUAUAUUUUGCACAAUUUGUGAAGCAUUUAUUCUACUGAAGGCACAGUCUAAUUUAUACUUUCUGCACAUUUUGGUGUAUUGGUUGUUUAAAUGAUUUCUUUACUUUAUUCCCCCCUUCUUGUGAAAACAUUAAUUUUUAGUAUUUUAGAUUAACAUUAGAGUCUGUGAGUCUUUCAUUCUUUAAAUUACAGAUGUGUGUGAAAUUUAAAUAUAAAGUUGCAUUUGCCAAAA